AUGAACUAUGAAAUCAAUAGUGCCGGCUGUGAUAGUGGUAGCCAUGCUGACUUUUGCAUUGUUUCUUAUCAUGACGAUAUUUAUCAUAAUAGAGCUUCUAGGGUUGCUUAUGUUAAUCGGAAUGAAGCUUUCGAUGAUGACCACGGCGACGAUCAUAAUGAUGAUAUUGAACAUAAUGUCCACAUUCGUGGUGAUAAUAGUCAAUGUAGUCGCGGCGGCGACUGUAAUGGUGGGAGCGAUAUUCAUGAUGAUCAUAAUGGUAGUCGUCGGCAGGGAAACAAUUACUCUGACGGAAUUUCUGAAGAUAUGUAG